AUGGACCCCCCAGAACCACAACCCGACAAGCAACCCAAACCAGGCAAAUUCCGCUUCAAAUCGUCAAAAGCCAAGUGCAGUUCGCGACGAGACGAAUCCAGCUCCUCCCACCACCAUCACAGACACACCUCCCACCGCCACCGAUCCAGACGCCAUCAUCGCCGGCGCUCGGCUUCCCCCGACCACGAACAGCAACCAGGCCUCAACGCCGACGCAGCCUUCCGGGAAUCUCUGUUCGAUGCGCUGGGCGACGACGAAGGCGCCGCGUAUUGGGAAUCGGUGUAUGGACAGCCGAUUCAUAAUUAUGCGGUGCCGAAUGUACCCAGGGGCCCUAAUGGGGAGCUGGAGCAGAUGGAUGAGGAGGAAUAUGCCAGUUAUGUGCGGACGAAGAUGUGGGAGCGCACCAGGGAGGGGAUGCUUGCUGAGCAGGAGCGGUUGAGGGCGGAGAAGGCGAGGCAGAAGAGACGGGAGGAGAGGAGGGAGGAGGAUGUUCGAGAGAAGAUGCGGUUUGAGAGAGCGAUGGAGGAGAGCUUGCGGCGGGGGAAGGAGAGACGGAGGGUUAAGGCUUGGGGGCGCAUUUGGGAGGAGUAUGUCCGGUCCUGGGGGGAGGUUGAUCGGACGGUUGAGCAGGUUAGGGAUACUGGCGGUGGUGGUGGUGGCGGGGAGGGGACUAGGCUGAGGAAUUUGAUCUUCUGGCCGGUUGAGUCCGGGAAGAGAGCGGAUGUAAGUAGGGAGACGGUUGAGGAGUUUAUGCGCCAUGCACCGGGGGAGGAUCUGUUGGCGGUUUUGAAGGCUGAGCGGGUGAGAUGGCAUCCCGAUAAGAUUCAGCAUCGGUACGGGGCUUUGGGCAUUGACGAGGUGGUUAUGCGCAGUGUUACUGAGGUUUUUCAGAUCAUUGAUCGUCUAUGGAGUGAGGUGAAGGAAAAGCAGUCGUGA